AUGGGCCGAGGCGUAAGAAGACGCUGGAGAUGCUGGUUGGUGUCUUGUUGGAGAAGGCGAUCGUGGAGUACGGGAAAUGGGCUGACGUCCGCGUAGAGGCUCCGGGGAUUCCGUAACAAUGUCCAGUGGAGCGCAGGUGCUCCUGACCUCGGUGGAAUGAGAAGAAGAAUCUUGGGAGACGAGGGACUCGUCGUCGGAAGGGAAGAGUUGAAUCUCUGACAUUACACUGAUUUGGCAGACCAAAUGCUGGAAAACACUGUCGAGGAAUAUGGGUGAGUCGACUGUGUUUAUAUAUAGGCCUUCACUCAUGCUGAUUGGGUAGAUAUGUUGAUUACUGAUUGUUGACAGCUGGCUGAAAUGACAUGAUGAUAAGUCUGAUUAUUUGAACGUUGCUCCUCCCGAAUUUUGUUAUUAAAACAUAAUUUCUUGCUAGUGGUAAUGGUCUGCCUUUAUUGUCAUGUUUUUGACUUAAAUAUCUGUUCACAAACUUUAAGCUGUUUACUGAAAGGUUAACAGACUAUUAGAAAAAGAAGUCAUUUUGAGAUUCAUCUGUUGAUUGUUAUUAUUAUUAUUUUAAUUAUUAUUAUUUUGACCCUUUUUACAUUUGAUUUUUGUUCUUAUUUCUUUUUACUUUACAUCUUUUUUCCCCUGAAUGACCCCAAUCUCGUUGAACAAGUAAUUUUUUUUUUUCAUUUACAGGAUGUCAUGUACUGACUCACUCGUUACAGUUCUGUCAUAUUGUUCUAAUGUUUCCUAAUCUUUCUGUUUGCUCUUAGUUAGCAUUUUAGGACUUCCGGUUCCAUCGCCCCGAAGUCAAUGGGUCUUUUGUAAGGGGUUUUUGCUAAAUCGCCUGAAAUAAGGUCUGUGGUUAACAAAGCCUCUAAGUAUUUUCACGUUUUGAUCUAUGACAUAAAACACACCAGUUAUAACCCGCUUGAGAUUUUUUAAACCUUUAUUGUGUCUUAAAAACGGCGGUUGCUAACCAAUCGCUAAAAGGGACUACUUCCUUUGGUGGGGACUUUAGACGUCAUCAUGACAAACAGGACAUUUGGACAGCAUUUCUCAUGAAAAAGUGGAUAAGUAUUCAUACACAACCCAGAUCAUAAUCAGCGAACAUGUUUUUAAAUAAAGUUGUUUUCUAAAUUAAGUUUGAGGAAGCUUGGUGGUGACGUUGAUCCUGCGACCAUGGUGUGCUGUAGUCCGUUUAUAGCCUACUGCUUUUUAUAUCUGACGACUUCAUUUAGGCUUCAAAAUGUAUAAAUGUUGUGUUAACUUGUUAAGAUUAUCUUGAUAGACAAAAUGUGUAAGUGUCAUAACCCUUUGUUAAACACAGAGCUUAUUUUUUGCAAUUUUCCAAAAGUCUAUGGGAAAUAUGCAUUGGUUUCGAUCGAGGGAACCUGUGCGCCGCUAACUUCCGGGUUGGCCUACAAAAACACGUCAUCCCUGAGGUACUCUAUAUACUCUGCUUUAUUAGAGGUUGAGGAAACUUGUCAAUCUGUAAUAUCUAAGAUUUACGUAAUGUUUUUUUGUAUUAGGCUAUAACCCUCUGUAUUGUUUAUUAUUGUGUAAUAUUGUUCUUUAUUGUUUUGUCUUGUCUUUGUAUGUGGUGUUGUUGCAUUAAAAAAUAAAAGUAUAAAAAAAGAAGCGUCAACGCUGACGCCCCGAGUGAACGCACUGUUACUUCAGCAAUAAUAAUAAUAAUAAUAAUAAUAAUAAUAACUAAAUUAAAUGUUAGGAUAUUUAAUUGUUUUUCAUGUAUUUAAAAUGUAUUAUGAAGAACAAAUCAAAUCAAUGCAUGAAACAGUAGGCUAAUAAUGUAAAAGCUGGCAUAAACAUAUGAACUUUAAUUACUGAGUUAAAUAAAAUUACAACAAACACGUGUGACAGCUUUCCCCGGCCCAGCCUAUAAAAACACUCUUGUCCUGAGACGAUUCAGUUAAAAUAAAAAAUUAUUCAAAAGUUGGAUUCACAAGAAGUAUUCAAAUUUGGGUGUGUUUUGAGCUAGCGAUUGCCUUUGCUUAAAUUAUGUUUAGUUGUUCUCCAAAAUAAUAAAUAAAUAAAUAAAUAAAUAAAUAAGUGUCUCUGUAAGUGCAGAGGGUGCAGAGAUAUACUGUAAAUUUUAAGCGUUUGGCCAUCUCUUUGGUUACAGUGCACCCUAGUGGAUAUAUGGUGUAUCGCAGGAACGGUUAUCUGUAGACUCAUGCUGCCUUCACGUGCUAUCGGAAAUUUAAUAAUUCCCACUUCUGAAGUCGUGAUUACGAGCUCAUCGCAUUCAAGUUUCGAAAUGGUAGGGCGUUCAUGUGCAAUUUUUACCUAGUAGCCUAAACUUGUAUUUACGAUAAUUCCGAGAGCACGUGAAUGCAGCAUUAUCUCCACAGUUUUGUUUUGCAGUAUAAAGGUCAUUCCAGUAGAUUACAGUAUAGUAUAGUGCAGUAUAGUACUGAAUUGUAUACACACACUGGCCACUUUAUUAAGUGCGCCUUGACAGUACUGGGUUGGACCCUCUUUUGCCUUCAGAACUGCCUUAAUUAUUUGUGGCACAGAUUCAACAAGGUUAAAACAUACAUUCCUGAGAUUUUGGUCUAUAUCAACAUGACUGCAUCACACGGUCAUUGCAGAUUUCGUCGGCUGCACAUCCAUGAUGUGAAUCUUCCAUUCCACCACAUCUCAAAGUUGUUCUGUUCGGUUGAGAUCUGGUGACUCUGGACUCCAUUUGAGUAUAGAGAACCCAUGGACAAGAAACCAUUACACCACCAGCAGCCUGAACUGUUGAUACAAGACAGGAUGGAUCCAUGUUUUUAUGUUGUUUACACCAAAUUCAGACCAUAAAAUCUGAAAGUUGCAGCAGAAAUUGAAACUCAUCAGACCAGGCAAGUUGAGGCAAUGUUUUUCCAAUCUUCUAUUAUCCAAUUUUGGUGAGCCCAUGUGAAUUGUAGGCUCAGUUUCCUGUUCUUAGCUGACAGGAGUGGCACCGGUGUGGUCUUCUGCUGCUGUAGAACAUCUACUUUAAGAUUUGAUGUGUUGUGCAUUCACUUUGAACUUCAGCAGAUUGACCAUGUCUACAUGCCUAAAUGCAUUGAGUUGCUGCCAUGUAAUUGGCUGAUUAGAUAUUUGUGUUACACCUGAGCAGAUGAAUAGGUGUACCUAAUAAACUGACCGGUGAGUGUAAAUAUAGUUAGUGCACUAAUGCUAUUCAAUGCCACAAAUUCUUCUUGUAAGAAUAAUUAUAGGUCCCAUAUUAAUCAAUCUAGAAAAUGUUUUUAUCUACCAAAUAAUUUUAGAAAUCUCCUUAGUCUUGUUCACAAGUACAUUCUUUAGCUUACAGAACGACACAAAAGCCUCUUUGGCUGCCACGGCUUUGGCAGAGCUUUCCUUUUUUGGCACACAAGCAUUUGACAAAUUAGACCAAAAGUAAACAUGAUUAUGUAAAUGUAUGACAAAAUCAAAUUAUGUACACUUUUCCAAAAAGCGCCUUUGUUUGGCUCGAUUAUUCUCCUACAAUUCCCACACAGGGCCAUUGUAAAUUGGGUUAUGCACAAUUUUUGGAGAGGGUGUCCUUGAUCCUCAGCUGUGGACCCUUGGACUGAACAACUGAUUAUAAUUCAAUAAAAGAUUUCAAGCAGACAUCAUGGCACAGGAGAUAUGCGUUUUUCUGUUUUCCCUGACGGCUCUUGGUGUCCUUUACACUAUGAACAACGUUCCAGCAUUUCAAGAGCCAGUGGUAAUUCUGGAAAUCGGGGUGGCUGUUCUUGUGGCAGUGUUUCUCAUGGUCUACCUUGCUACUCGCUACAAUCCUCCUAAAGAUUAUUUGUUCUAUGUUUUUGCAGAGUUUUCCUUCACAUGUGUCAUUGACCUCACGAGCGCUCUAGAAUAUGAUGGCUUCGCCUCAGGAUUCAUGGAGUUCUACCAGAAAACGGGGGAGCCGUAUCUCGGCACACCCUAUGCUAUCAUGAUGUGCUAUUGGGAUGGUGUAGUGCACUUUAUCAUCUACCUGAUACUGGUACACCGCAUGUCAAACAGGAAACAAUAUCGCACAUUGGGGCUUUUUUGGGCUGGAUCACUGUGCGCCAACAUGAUUGUGUUUGUACCUGGAAUUGUAGUUGGUAAAUAUGGCUCAGAGAUCCGUCCUGCCUUCUGGCUCAACAUGCCCUUUUUGUUGGUGCCCAUAUGGGGAGCGGUGUCCCUGUUCUCCAGGCCAAGGGAUAGGCCUAUGCCUUUUGUGGGUGCAUCCAAGGUUGAACGUGAGCAGAAAAAAGCCUUAAUAUGGCGCCCCCUGGACCUGCUCUUUGUGGUUUAUCUAGUGGCUGCCAUGGGAUUCACUGUCUUUAGAGGACUGGCAGUUCUUGAUUGCCCGUUGGAAAUCCUCAACAGAUAUGUGACAGAAUAUGAACCUUAUCUGAAGGAUCCCGUGGGCUUCCCCAAAGUUAUGAUGUUGCUGCUCCUAUUCCAUGCGCUUCCAAUGCUAGGUUCAUUUGCAUAUGGGCUGUGCACACCUGGCUGCACUUGGAUGCUUGAUUGGACGGUAUAUUUUGCAGGUGCCAUUUUACAGUGCCAGUGGUCUCAUAUCGGAGCAUCCCUGCACCCACGCACUGCAGAAAUGUACAGGAUUCCCACCUCGGUCCUGGUGCCCAUCCUCCUUCUCAACCUGCUGUAUGCAGUCGGUCCUGUGCUGCUUGCCCUGCGUUGCAAACGAGAGCCAGACUACUUCCUUUCCAUCGCACCUGUGGGCCAAACUAACAAUGAGAAGAAACUGCGUUAAACCGACUAAGAAAACAUCAACUUUAAAGGGAUAGUUCACACAAAUUUUGAAAUUCUGUCAUCAUUUACUCAAACUAGGUGAACUAAUCCUUUAGAAAACAUGUCAAAACAGAUUUACUGUAUUUAAUGGGCACAACAGUGCUUGGCAAUUACAUCCAGUAGGUUCCUGUUAAUUUGGUAAUUAAGACAAGACCUUUAUCAUUGCAGUUUAUUUGCCUUCUGUUCACUACUAUAAAGAUCUGUUGUGUUUCCUUAUUCCAGUGCAUUUUCCUAGUUCUAUCUGUCUGUUCCACACAAAUAUCAGCUACAUCCUAAAUUAUAUAAAUGUCAGAACUUCUUUCUUGAAUAAUUGGCUGGUCUCAUAGGUAAUAAAUAAUUACUCUACAAAUCAUCA